UGGGUUAUAUCGCCAUUCCAGGCAGGCGUGUCUGUAUUUGCGUGUGUAUGGGGGGGGGGUAGCUCUUAAGACAUUGAAUAACAGGACCCGACUGUAGUUUAUGUGGUGGUCAUAUGUGCUAGGAUACAAGAAAGUUUCUUUCUUUUUCCGCUUGUAAAGUUCUCUUGUGUGCAGGUGACAGGGUGUAGCAUAUAGAUAGCACACACUCAACAAUAAUGACCUGAAGUCACAGGAAGAGGUCAAUGAUUCAGGCACAGGUCUUGGAGGUGACUGUGAAUGGCGCUGGAAAGAGAAGCAGUUGGUCUGAUUGCUACAUCUUGUGUCUUGAUAUUUCUUCUUCUUGUGGCCUGUAUUCUAGCCUCUUACGUCUGUUACAGACGUCUCGAGAACAACAAAUUGACCAAGUUGCCACGCUAUGGACCUGGUGACGUGUCUGCCUGGGCAUCGGGGGUGAGCAGGUCGACUGUGACAGAUGUGGAUGCCGACUUUAAUUACUCCAACAGGAUACAUGCUUAUCAACCAAAAUUCUUGAUUUAUCCUAAAGAAUCUUAUCAAUGGGAGAGAAAAUACAAGCGGCGUAGAUCCAGUAAAUACCAAGACAGUAUAACUCAAAUAGUACAGGACGGUAGGACAGUUUCAGUUAUAAACAUUUCAAACACUGAACAAGGCACGACGAUCAGGAAGUCUUCAGGCAAUGAUGAAAUAGUAGCUGGUCACAAAGUGAGUAAGCCCAGCGGUCAGUACGUCUACGGCCAUGCUUCCAGACACAAGAGAGAGCCCCCGCCAGAGCACGUGAUUCAUGAAACGGAUGGGAAGGUUGUCCGCAGUUAUGUUAUCGAGGAGGAUGUUGACGUGGCCAAUGGUCAUCAUAAUGACCGAGACCUAGAAGUCUCGGUAGAGGAUAACAAAUUUCUGUACCGGGUGCCGCCAGUAACGCAGGGAUUCGUUGAUCAGCCUGAAAUAGUCCGAAGUCACACCAUCAAACAGCAAGUCACUCUUGGCGAGGGCGGUAAGCUGGUUAUAGCUGACUCACAGGAGGUGGACCUUAACGAGAGCAGUGGUUUUGUUGUUUCUUCACAAAAAGGUCCCCAGGUCAUCUACGGUCACUACUCAACCGGUCAAGAUGACAGGCCCAGCCGUGUCCACGCCGUCCAUUCUUCCCCACUAACAGAUGCAGGUCACCCGUCUCGCUUCUCAGCCCAUGGGCAGAGUCCGACAUCGACCUCACUUCACAGGGUCAACGCUGCAGUGCCUCAAAUAAUAAUUAGCCAUUCCAGUGAAACUCAGGCCAGCGGCAGUGACCAGAGCGACGAUGAGGAGUAUGACCGCAAGAGAAGAGAAAAUUAUAAAGUUAUCAAGAAACAUUCGGCCCACAAGAUUCCCGACAUGAUAAUAAAGAAAGUGAUAGAAAGUGUUUAUUUUUCCGCCAUGGCUUGUAGCCUAUCACGUGACGUGGGUCAGACUGAGUUCAAGGAAGUGACAUUGGUACAGUAAAGGGACAUAAAAAACUGUGUCCUAACAAAUAGAUCGCCAUGGUAACCUUAGAAACGCACUGCUUCUGCUUUGUUCAAACAUUGGAAUGAAAUAACAGUACACUAGAUCAAGUCAGGUCAAAGCAGGUCAGGUCAAAGGGAACAAUGUCUCCUUUCAAAAGGCAGUUAAUCUUAUACAAGCACUUUCAAGUGUACUUUUAACUAGUAGAUUUAGGAAGUAAAAAUAAGAAUAAUAACUCCUCUUCCAAAGCUACAUUUGAUUGUAAUUAAAACGACAACUAGAGAGAGAGAAAGAGAGACAAAGAGACAGUCAUAAAAGAUUCGAUAGUAAAAGAUUAAUAUGAAAACUAAACCAGCUAUCACUUAAAUUUAAUUUGACAAAACUACUUAACCAAACAAAAAAAUAAAAGUAAAAAAUAUCAAUUUAAAACUAACCACUUAUUAAGUCAAUCUCUGACUUAAUGAAGAGCUAAACUUUAACAUGAUCACAUUGAAGGUCAUCACAAGUUCACCAAAACAGUUUUAAAUAACGUCCACAUAGCAAACUAAUAUCGCAUUUUAAAAGGGAGGGGGGAGGAUGGUUAUUUAAAAUGUUUAAUAGUAACAGUGGUAACAGUGAAUUUAAAAAAAAAAAAUUUUGUAUAGUUUUAAGAACAUUCUAAAUUAUAAUGAAGAACUUUAAAUCAGUUAAAUAUGUUUACCAAACCAAACCUUUGCCUACCUUACAAAAGUAACAAAUUGUUGCGAUUGUAACUAAAAGUAGUUGGUCUGUUGUUGUUUAUAUACACAAAGACAUUUGGAGGUUUUCCAAUAUGAGUGCAAUUUCGUAAACAGCAAGGUGCAUCCGGUGUACUGACUAUGGACACAAUGCUGGCAGUGGAUAGACUCUACCGUCAUGAAGUUGUACAACAUCGUCCUCUGCUCGAACACUUCUUUAGGAAAUGUGACAUUUUUGUUUUUAAAAACACAUCUCAAAUGAACAAACCUCGUUAUGGAGCUGCAAUCAGUCUUUGUUUGUAAGUCUCGGAUUCAUUCCACACCUGAUCCAAACAUUUGUUCAGUGGCGUAACUAAGGGGGGGGAGGGGGGGGAGAAAUUUAAAAUCCCCCCGGGCCCCCACCUAGGUGGGGCCCCCAAAUGGGUGUCCGAAAUUUAUUUGUAAAUACAUAAAUUAAUAUAUUUGAUUGACAAAUAGUGUCAACGGGUGUCUUUUUUUUUUCAACAUUUAUGGAUUAAAAAUUUAUCACAAAGACUAAACCUAGAUCUAGGUCUAUCAGUACGUUGACUUUGUUGACAUUUUACAAAUAUAUUUUCCCACAGAGAUCAAAGUUUGUUCUAGAGUUACUUUUACAUUUUAAACUUUGUUGCCACGAAUAAAACUGCAUGACAUUCAGCGAAUUCUAGGUAUCUUGUUACCUUUACUAAUAAUAGAUCUAAAUGGCGAGUAUUUUAUGGCUACACUAAUUAACAUUGAAGCAAAAUUUACAGAAUCGAGUAUAACAGAUCUAAAAGUUAUUCUUAAUAAUGCAAGAAUAGUCCAUUAUUCGGGUUUGGCGUCUAUAAUUUCAGAAUUAAACUUCACACUCGAGUUAUUACCCAUCUUUUCAUUUUUCCUCAAUCCAAUGGAAACUCUCUUUUUAUUUCCAUCUAAUCCUUUUGCUUUCGCACAAAACAUAAACAACAAACAAUGAUGUAAUAUCAUAUAAUAUUAGCACAUCCUUCCUUUUGAAGUUACUAUCACACCCUUCCUUUUAUAGUUCUUAAGAGUGAUAUCUACUAGCAGGGCCGGCCCUAGCAUUUGCGGGGCCCUAUGCGAAACGGAUCGCGCGGGGCCUAGUCUGGGUAGGGAUGAGCAUAAUGUCAAUAUUAUUUUUUUUUGAAUUAAAAAAUAGGCCUUCUUUCGUCUUUGCAAUACAUUUUUAUCAAAUGAAAUGCCACUUUUUAUUUAUAGGCACCCCAAAAUGUCAAUUUCGUCUAUUCUUCAGGAGAUUUGAAUAAAUUCAAAAAAAGUUCAGGACUUUAUCGUAUAUUUUGCCUUUUCAUGAGAUUUCCUGGAGGCCCUGGGAAAUCAGGAGGUCACGAAAACCCUGUUAUUUUAUAUACGUUAUAAUGGUGUAAUUUAAUAAUGUACACUUAGAAUUAGCGCGUGUCCUAUGAAAGCGCGGGGCCCACUGCAACCGCAUAGGCUGCAGUGGAGUAAGGCCGCCCUGUCUACUAGGAACUUUAACAAUUCGUCCAUUUCUGGUUGUCUUGACUGGCACAACAAGUUCUCUAGACGUUGGUCUAUAACUGUCUGUUUCGUUUGUUCCAACAGUUUGCAGUUCAUUGUUUCCAUCGGUAUCAUAGUACCCAGAGAUGUCUUCAUCGAAACUCUUAUUUAAAAAGCGUUGAUUUCUUCUGUAUGUUUUUCCAUCGUUUGUCUUUAUGAUGUAAGAUCUGGGUGCUGAAUGUUUUUAUGACAACUGCUUUAUGCCAUGUUUGACCUAGACGAACUCUCCGACAUAAUAAUCUUUAGGUAGUCUUGCUUUUGCAUUGUAUUUCACUUUGCUUUUCAUCUGUCGUUCGUUGAGUAAUGUCUCUGCAUUUUCAGCUACCGAUGGUUUCAAUAGUUUGAGAUCAGUUGGAAUGAUUCCCUGAGUCUUCUUCUCGUCAUCAGUUGUGAUGG